AUGCUAGCGGAGCUGGCCCAGGCCCAAGAGGAGGAGGAGGCGGCGGCGGCGACAACGACGGCGGCGGCUUCGAGCGGGGAAGCGGCGGGCGGCGGCUGCAAGAGCUGCACCUACCAGGGCUGCAGCGAGACCACCACGCAGGUGGUGAAGCAGCGCAAGCCCUGGAUGUGCAAGCGGCACCGCAACAAGAUUUACAAGGACAAGUACAAGCGCAAGAAGAGCGACCAGGCCCUGGGGGGCGGCGGGGCGGCCGCCGCGGGGGGCGGCCCGCGGGCCGAGGAUAGUGUUGAAGGUUCAGUUUCUGUUACAAAACAGAGGACAGGAUCCAUUGGGGAUCGCCCAGCAAGGCCUACUCUUUUAGAACAAGUGUUGAAUAAGAAGAGGCUGUCCCUACUCAGAAGUCCAGAAGUAGUGCAAUUUCUACAGAAACAGCAGCAGCUGUUAAGUCAGCAGGCUUUGGAACAAAGGCAGCAACAGUUUCAAGGAGCACCUGGUUAAUCAGAACAGAUCCAUGUCCUGCAGAUGAGUCUGGUGCUGAAGGAGGAAUAGGAUGUGUGUAUUUUACACAAAUACAAAGAAUCUCAAUGCUUAAAGGAAAAGUAAAGUUGCUGCUGUUACGUGUUUUACUUGUUUCUUGUUUGCACUUUUGAGGUUUUGAGCUGCUUGGGUGUCUGCAAACUUGUGAGCAAAUCUGGAGGAGUCUAUUUUUUUGAUUCUUUUUAAAACUUCAUUUUAUGUUUAAUUUUUUUUUAAUAGAAAUUUGUUUAUAUUGGUAAUGUUUAGCUGUACACCCUUUUCCUACCAAAGUCUUCCACUAAAUUAACAUUUUUCUAUAUAAGGAUUUACUGUUAAACAAGUCACUCUUUGAUGACAAUCAUUGAAGGAAGUCAGUUACUUUCUAUGGAAGUUGUGAAAUAAAGUCCUGAAUUUGAGCCAGUCCAGUGGCAUUGACCCAACGGCAAUUGCUCAGGGAUAUGAGAAAAUUAUGUCCAGUGGAAUCUUGCACUAAAGGCAGAGACAACGUGCCAUCAAGAAGUCAAUCCGGUGGCUCAGAAAAGUGCAAAUCAGGUGAUCCUCCUGCUAUAUAUUCAUUAUCUGCAAGUUGAGUAGGUUUGAAGUGCUUCACUGUCUGUGCAAAGCAUGUAAAAGAACUUGUGAUUAAAAGUUCCAAAAGAGAGAAAUGGCAAAAUGCUUUGGAGAAGAAUUAGGUGGAACGUAUGCAACUGAGACUUGGUCCCUGUUCUAUGGAUUUAUUUGUAAGGACCAACCUCUUAUACAAGAAAUACAACUUAAUUACAGAUGAGAUUAUCACUCAUUUUUAAGUGGCUAGAUUAAAUUUAAAAGCUUUUAAGUCAUAAUAGGAAAUGCAUCCAAAAACUAAAAUGUAAUUGUGCAUUUUUUUCCCUUUAUGUAGUCUUCUAAAAAGAAAAAAACAUAGGUAAAUUUUUUCUGUUGCGACAACUGAUACCUAAUCAGCUCUCGUGCUGGACUUCUCAGGUUUUCAGCCAAUUCAGAUGAACUUGCAAUUGAUUGGGGUAAGAAUCCAACCACUGUAUUAUGUACAUGUUGAAUCCCAUGUUUUGUUUUGAAAACAAAUUUUUGUAUUAAACCAUGUUUCCGAAUAGAGUUUAUCGGAAUGGUCAAGGUGCUUAAUAAAGUGCUACUUUGAUAUUGCAGCAGUUUGAUCCGCUGAGUAAUAUCUCUUCAGGAGUAUUUGUUAGUCUUACGAAUUGUUACAAGCUGUGCUUUGUGUAUGUAUAGACCUUAUUCAGUAGGGAUUUAUUGUGUAAGUUGUUAUUUUCAAAAAAGAAACUGAAAAACUUUGUAUCAACAGUUCUGGACCAAUAAGUGUUUGAGUAAAAUCUCUGUUUUUCUUUAAAAAACAAAACCAAAGCCUGUUCUUUCUUGAUCUGUUUAAUUUCUGUGGGGGUUUUUGUGUACUAAAAUGGCUAGCUCUGACUAGGUGGCAUUAAAACUCUUGUGUUCCAA